UUCCGCGCACGUCGCCCGCGGAGCCUCUUCCGUUUCAACGCCAUAUUCCGGCCCCACCCGCCUCCGCCAACGGAAACCCCGCUCCUCCGCAGCCCGGACGGCCCGGAUCCCCUCGGCGUCGCCGCCUCGCCAUGUCCGGGGAGGAGGGGACGCUGCCGUCGCCGCCCUUCCCCCGGCCGACGCCGUCUUUCGCCCCCCGCCCGACGGCCAAAACGCUCCGGCGGCGUUCGCAACGACCCAGCCGAAACGAGUACGUUACUGUGAAUGUUGAGGACGAAGUAGAAGCUGUGAUAAUAGAAAAUUCCGAAAAUGAGGAUGCUGAAGAUGGUCUUUCUGCUUCCGGCAUGUUAGCCAUAGAGCCCAAUUCCCAAGGCAGCAGUAAUAACCACCAUUAUAUCUCCCAGCUUUCAUAUGGAAGUGAAGGUUUGCCUGUCGUAAGUGACCAAGGGGUCUCGAAUCCCUCGGCAGGGCAGAGGGACGCUGAGGAAAUGGAGUUUAUCUUCUUGCAUAAAAGACGUCGGCUUGCUUCUUCCCAGGGAAACAGCACAGUGAGAGGUCGCGAUUACGAGGAUGCUGGAAGUGUCGUUUAUGAAUAUGAGCCGGACUACGAAUGUGGGAGCGUCGUAUCUGAAGCCUCCUACACAGGGGACCAGCAAAAAACACUUAUGGAAGUCCUUAACUACUGCCAGGUCAUGUAUGAUGCCAUUCAGAAGCUGGAUAAGAAGUUCGACCUACUUCAAGGCAAAGUUUCAGAAAUGCAACGCACCAGGGUGAAACCACUUCUGCUCAAGCCCAGACCGGUUGGCUUCACCUACAGAAGUUCUAAUCCCAUCCCUCAUGGAAAGAUCCGAGUACAGAAACCAAUGGCAAGGGAAUCCAGCCUUCCUCUCGCUCCGCCCGAACAGGGAAGCCACGGCUUGCCUAGGACGUUGGGGCCGCAGAAGAACCACGUCCAGACCAACUCCACAGGAAAACCCGUUCAGCCAGCCCAGGCGCCGGAAGCGCAGCCGCCAGCCCUCAGGCAGAGCCCGCCCCUUCCCACCAUUGUUUCCACGCACUCGUUACAGCCCCCGUACGUGGCGGUCAGUGGAAUACCCGACCUUCCCACGCCACCCAACUUAGUGAACCUGGUGAUGGAAAGCGCUGGCAAAACUGCUUCGUCCGCCAUGAGUUCCCCUCUGGUCUCUUCAGUGAUGCCAACCCAACCCGAAACCAGCCUGGGCAGGAACGCCAUCAUGAUAAAUUGCCUACCUUCCCCGGGAAGUGCGAGUGUCGCUAAAGAGAUGCCUUCCUCUUCGGUCUGCAUCAAUCCUAGUUUCGAGUACGUCGGCGAUCCAAAGAGAAAUGUCAAAGUUCUCGGGACCUAUCUGAUGAAAGCUCGGCAAAAGACGAAGCCCAAGUACGCGGCACGUUACCUGGUGCGCGUUUUGUUCCCCAAAGAAACCCUACUCUGUAGCGUGAUGGGUGUCAGCGCGCGGGGUCGCCGGACACUGGACCCCAACAAAGUGGCUGCAAUAAGAGAAUUUCUUGCAACUUUUUUCCCAAAUUAUGAUUUGAGUGAAUAUGGAAGAGACUGGAAAACCUGCAUCACUAACGUCAACGCUAUGAUUCGCUGUUUGUGCUGCGAAACCAAAAUAAGGACAGAGAAAGGCGAGGGCAGAGAUAAAGCCGGCGACAUCCCGGAUCCGCCGAUAUGUGUGGACCUGAGUUACAACGAGGAAGAUGGUGAAGUCAGUUCUCAGUCGGCCUCCAAGACGACCGCGGCGGCCAAAGCCACGCUUCGAAACGCGGCCUGGGACGGUAACGCCUUCCCGGAAGUGUUUCAGCCGCCUCCGUCCAACAAAAUGCAGUCGUUGGAACCGAUGGAACUUCUCGGAAACCCCUGGAGAAACGUUCAGCUCCCCUUUUCGGUCAUAUACGUAGCGAAGGGGAAGUCCCGGCCGGAGCUGUCGGCCCGGUACCUUAUCCGGCACCUCUUCACCGAGGAGGUGCUGGUGAAGAGUAACGUCUAUGGAAAUCUGGAGCGAGGCAUGUGCCCCCUCGACUGUAACAGGAUCAAUGCUCUCAGAGACUUCCUCCAGGAGAACUAUCCGUCCUUCGAUCUCACGGAAACUGGGUACGAUUGGAAAGCCUGUGUGGCCGCCAUCAACAGUACGAUUCGUAGCCUCCGACAUGACCACAAGAAGGCCACAACGGGAUUCAGAAGGAAAGUUGUACUUCCAGCCAAUAACGACAAGAGCCCUCCCCGGAGCCCUUCCUUGGGAAAACCACAGGAAAAGGACCCUGUUCACCUCAUGGACUAAAACGCUAUCUGUUGGUUGUCCCCACCGCCUCACCCCGGUCCGUGACAGAUAUUUCUACCCAACGGAAAGGGUCGGGACCAUCUAGGUGGGUCAGCCAUAGAGGAACAGCAUGAGGUAAUACCAGAGCCAGGCCACCAGCCAGAGCCCCCUCUUUGCCAUGAGCAGGACAGCUCAGGUGCAUCCAAAAGGUGAAACACUGGAUUAUCUUCGGGGUGACUCCUGGCCACUCAUUUUGGGGAGCACCUCCUAGCAUUCAGAUCAGGGAGGGUCUUCUCCUCGCCUCGUGGCUGGAGGGCGAGGGCGACCUUUGAGAGAGGGGAAAGAUUUAACGGGAACCCGGUGAGGGUUUCUCAGUCGAGGCCCGGAUUCCGUCUCUCCGUUAGAAGCAAACCACACGGUCGAGAGUUGCGAUUAUGACCCAAAUCAUCAACUACGACUCUGUCGCUGCAGGAUGUUUCUUUUUUCAAAGCCGCGUGGUCACUCGGUUUGGUUUUUCUCUCUUAAAACCGUAGAGAUACGUUGGCUUGUAGGACAGGGCCUUUUUUAUUGACUACUACAGUGCCUUACAACUCAGGCAUUCAAGUUUUCCUUUGAUAAAUAUCUUUUAUCAUUUAAAAAGUGCUGAUGAAACGUAGAUUUUUUUUUUUUUUGGUCUACACUAGAAUAAAGUGAAGGAAAAGUAUUUUUGGAAGAUAUUUUGUUUCUCUCCAUUUAAUUUUAAGAAUUUUUCAGGGAGGCAAGGAAAGGUCUGAGUUAAGACCUUCUUUUCAGGAUUAUAGUUCGGAUUUCUGGGAUAUGGCAAUUUUUUUUCUGUAGGAUGUUGUUAGUUAAGUACGUGUUAAAGUUGAAAAAAUAGAAACCUUAUUGAGAACAAUUUUGGAUAUUCUUUAAGAGAAACUUUAUUGUUUAACAAAGCCAGAACGGCUGGUGAAUUGAAACCCGAGAGAUAAUUCCCCCCCUUUUUUUUCCCUCCCAGUUUAAUGGUAAUUUAGACUUCCCGCAUUUGUCCCCACAACACAAACACGAUGUUGGCAGGAAUUAAAGUGAUACGUGUGGUCGUGAGUGGCCACAUCCAAACUGCUCCAACCAUUUAUUGCGGCAUUAUGGCGGGACGUCGCCCAAACAGAAGUGGCCGACAGCAAAGUCGUUCUUUUGGGUCCAGGUGGAGUGAUCGGAUCGCUCUGAGAGAGCAGAUUCGUACCCUGACUUGUAAACAAUUUUUUAAAGUCCUGGUAGACAAAUACAAAGUGAGCAAAAUGGUUUUAGCUUGAAAACGCUUACCUCCUGUAGAUAGGGCCUGUUUUCAACUGCUUCAUAAAUUAUCCUGUUUUGGAAAAGAGAGCUAAGUUCUAUCCAUAAUGUAUGAAUCCAUCAAUUUUAGAUGACUAAUUCAUAAGUCCUGUACAUGUCCAUAGAUUGCUGCCCAUAUCUAACAGUUUCUUUUAGUUGUAACUCCUACCCUUUUCUGUUAAGAGAAAUCCAACCAAAUUAAUUUUGUAACUGUCUUAAAUAUGAUUCUUCAGAAAGAAAUUAGUUUCUCUCACCACCAUUGAUCUGUUUGUAUUUAUGGCAGUUUGGUUCAGAAAAGUGACCUAUUAGUUGAACUUAAAAUAUUGAAAAGCAUUGAAAUUGAAAGUGGAGUUUAGUUCGUAGCUUGGCGAUUGACACGGUGGUUUUGAAGUAAAAAGAAGGGAAUUUGAUUGUGCGUAAUUAGUGGGUCAGCCAAAGAAGGGGAAAUGUGAUUAAUAAAGAAUUCUAAGUCUUGUGAUUUGUGGAA